UCUGUUUGCGCCCGUUUAAUAAACAUACAUAAAUCCCCGUAUACAGUGUUGGUAUCGUCCACAUCGGCGACACCCCCGGUCAGAUAUUUUCUGUCGGCCCAACUGUCUGGCUCGUGCGCUCGAGUGUCUGGAAUCCCAUUAAAGGCGCCGCGUCUCCGUCCGUCCGUCUGCCGUAGCGGGGAUGCGAAGGAACGGAGCCACGGAGUGAACAUGCUCCUCCACCCCGGAGCCCUGCGCGCCGCGGCGGGACACUCGGCCUUCUUGUCGCCCGCAGGCCGGACCUUUCACGCCUGAAGCGUCAGCCGGAACGCGGCCGCUGAUGGAGGUGGGAAGCAGCAGCUCGGACGCCUCGGUGGUGCAGGUGAGCUUCCCCGCCGCUCAGACCUCCGUGCUGGAGAGCCUGAACCAGCAGAGGGAGGACGGCAGCCUCUGUGACCUCUCCAUCCACGUCCAGGGACAGGUGUUUAAGGCCCACCGCUGCGUUCUGGCUGCAUCCUCGCCAUAUUUCCAUGACCAGGUUCUCCUGAAGAACAUGUCCACAGUCUCCAUCCCGGCGGUGAUGGACCCACUCGCAUUCGAGAGCGUGCUGAGCUGCGCCUACACCGGUCGGCUGCGGAUGCUGCGCGACGACAUCGUCAACUACCUCACCGUUGGCAGCGUCCUGCAGAUGUGGCACAUCGUGGACAAAUGCACAGAGCUGCUGAAAGAGGGCCGAGCCGCCGCCACCGCCGCGGGGGCCAGUAGUGGAGGCGGGGCCGUGCAAGAAGGAGCAGGUGGAGGUGAACGAUCUGCCAACCCGGGAUGCAGCAGCAGCAACGCCAGCAGAGCUGCAGGUGGACCAAGCGGCGUCAGCCCAAGACGGGCUGGUGAGUCCAAUGAUCCCCAGCAGGCCGCCAACCCCCCCAGCCAGCCGCUGGUGACUGAGAGCCAGUCUCCCAGCAGCACCAACUACUUCAGCCCCCGAGACGGGAGCAGCUUUGGGGGAGGCGGAGCGGCUGUUGCGGGGUCUGCAGUGGAUGGAGGCAGAGCCAGCAACACCCCCAGCUACUGCACCCCAUCCGGCGGGGAAGAGGCCCUCCUCAUUGAGGAGGAGGAGGAGGAGGAGGACAUGGAGGAGGAGGAGGAAGUUUACCAUCAGCGGAAGAGAGGAAGAGGAGGAGGCAGUGGCAGGAGGAAGAAGAUGAGCUCCGUGUCGGAGCAGGAGGUGGGGGUCAGCGACAGCUUCGGCGUGUCUUCUUAUCAGGAUGGCGAGGACGCAGCGUUGCCUCUGCAGAAACGCCCCACCUACAGCCAGCCCAGCAUCAUGCCCCGCAAACAGUGGGUGGUGGUGAAAACUGAGCGCACAGAGGACGACGACCUGAUCGUGGUGUCGGAGGAGGAGGAGGGUGGAGAAGAUGAGGAGGAAGAGGAGGAGAGAGAGAUUGAGCUGGCCCGGGAGAGAGGCAACUUCAACAUCUCCAACGUUAGGAGCCUGUCGGCUGAGCUGGGGGGUCGAGCUGAGGGCGACAUGGACUCUCAGGUGGACUUCUGCCAGUCCUCAGAGGACUUCUUCAAGUUUGAGGGCAGUUUGAUGGAGCAGACUUUAGCCCAGCACCUUCAGGACAGCGGUUCGGGUCAGAACCAGAACCGAGCCGUGUCAGCCCUGCUGGGUCAGGUCCAGAAUGCUUCUUCGGCCCGCGCUCAGCUCUUCCCACUGGACAUGCAGGGGAACCAGAUCCUCCUGUACAGCCAGGCCUCUGGACUCCCCCUGGACUCUGCGACCUCUCCUCUGGGGGUGGCAGGGGGAGUGAUGGGAGGAGGAGCCUCUUUUAAAAGUCCCAAUCUGGAGCACGGCGUGGUCCACCUGCAGGGUGGUUUGGGCGUAGAUGGGUCUGACAGUGGGGGGGUGGGGGCUGGCGGUGGCGGCGGCGCUGGCGGCUCCGCCAAAGUGUUCAUGUGUCACUGCGGGAAGUCGUUCACCCACAAGAGCAUGCGGGACCGUCACAUCAACAUGCACCUGGACCUGCGGCCCUUCCACUGCCCCGUCUGCGCCAAGAAGUUCAAGAUGAAGCACCACCUGACCGAGCACAUGAAGACGCACACCGGCCUCAAGCCGUACGACUGCCUCGGCUGCGGGAAGAAGUUCAUGUGGCGUGACAGCUUCAUGAGGCACCGCUCCCACUGCGAGAGGCGGGGCGAGAGCGGGGAGGGCGGGGCCAGCAGUGACGGGGGCAGGAGAGGAGGCGGAGAGGACGACCUGAUUUCCUCCCCUCACCUCCUCCUGUCUGCAGGAGAAAGAGGUCAGGGAGGGAUGCUGGGAGGAGGGACGAGGGGCGGAGCUUCAGCUCAGCAGCACAGCGCAGGAGGCACCCGUAGCAACAUGGCCGCCGCGGGGGUGCUGCUGGGGGUUCCCUCCCACAGUCCAGGUCAGGAUGAAGGACCCGGGAUGUUCGGACUCGGGUUGAGUCGAGGAGAUGAAGAUAUGUGUGAAGUCAGCGCCGGUGAAAGCAGCGUAACUUAAAAGCGUCUUCUGAGAGGAAGCUCCAGAUCCAAGAAACUCUAAAACAAAAAAAAUCUGCACUUUGUUACAAGACAGUUUGAAUCUGAGGCCUUCGAUGGACUUGAACCUGUGGAGUUUCAGAAACCUAAAUGAUUCAAAGAAAAGUGACCUCAUGAACAUGGACCUGCUGUAGAUUUAAUCUGUAAUGUUUAUACGUCUCUGUUCUGUGUGUUUCUAACAAGAAAGCCAAAUAUUUAAAGAAAAAAAGAACAUUUUUAUUUCUGUUGAAGCAUCAACAAAAGAGAAAAUCGGCAUCUGUAGUCAAAACUAAGAUUUGCCAAGUGUCUAAAUAAAUGAAAUGUGUUUCUAACGUCCGGAACAUUCCAGAAGCUGCUUGUUUUUUAUUUUAUUCAGAGUUUAUUCAUAAUCCUCGCUGUAAAUAUGUAGAAAUAUACCGAUCUCAUCAGACAUUGAAAGAUGUUUCAGUGUUGGAUCCUGUUUUAAAUUCAGAGAUAAUGUGAAUGUGUUGCUGAUCUGUUUCCUCACAGGUACUCGGAGCCUCGUAGCUUUUGUGCACAAACGUUUCCUUAAAGACACCAACAUGACCUCACUGCUCGAUGGAGAAGAGUUUUUAUUUAUCCUGGGGUAAAAAAGCAGAAACAAGAUUGAUCCUGAUCAUUCCAGAAGGAAACCAACAAGAGAAUCUGUUCAGAUUCCAGCAGAAAUGAAAAGAAACGGACGAUUCUUUUUCUUAAAACCAGUUUGGUACAAAUGUUUCUGCUAACUGAAUAUAUGAUGAUGAAUCUGUGAAAAGGAUUUCAAUAAAUGCUUUACUUCACUUA